AUGGCUAGAAUCGAGAAACAAAAAUUUCAGAUCCUCGAUGUUAGUGAGAAUAAUUAUUUAUCCUGGUGCUUGGAUAUGAAAUUACACCUCCAAGGAUUAGAUCUUUUAAAAACAUUGGAGUGUGUAGAUAUCAAGGAGGCAAAUCGGAAAGAUGAGGCAAAUGCUAUGAUUUUUAUACGCCAUCAUCUUUCUGAGGAUCUGAAAGAUGAGUAUAUACAAUUAGAAAGACCAUCAGAAAUAUGGCAAAAACUCAAGGAGAGAUUUGAUCACACGAAAACAGUAAUCCUACCACAAGCUCAAUAUGAGUGGCAGCAUUUAAGACUGCAAGACUUUAAAUCCGUUGCGGAUUAUAAUUCAGCAUUAUUUAAGAUUGAGUCUCGUCUAGCACUAUGGGAGUUAAUCUCUGUCCUUCUUACCGCUCAAAAGACUAAUGAGUUGUUAUUGAAAAAUCACGAUUUGCGACCCAGUGGGUCUCAAGGAGUGCCAGAAGCACAUGCUAAUAAAAAAACGAACCGUUUCAAAGGUCGUGGCCGAAAAUUCUGGCGUGGUGCACGUAAUAACAAUUGGCACAAUGGUCAACGUCGAGAUAAUCAUGGAAAUCUCCUAGGUGGACGUGAAUAUUUCCACAAAAAUAAUUAUAUGGCUAAACGAAGACAACUCGGUCAUGGAAAUCGUGACAAAGAAAAGCAUGUUGAGAGUAUUUGCAACAGAUGUGGGAUGAAUAGACACUGGGCCAAAGUUUGCAGGACUGCCCAACACUUUGUAGAUCUAUACCAAAGUUCAAAGAAGAAUAAAGGAAAGAGCAUCCAGACGCAUGCAAUAGAAACAGAAAAACCAAAUGUUCUUCUUGAGGCCAACACAACUGAAAUCAUGUCUGAUCAAGCUCCUAUUCAUGAUGCAAAGUCUCUUGAGUUGCAAGAUUUUCUUAUGGAUAUCGAUUGA